GCGCUGUUUUGACCACGUGAUCACAAAGAUGGCGGCCUGCGGGGAGAGUGAAGAUGGUAUGUGGAGUUUUCUUGUUUUUAAUAAUGUGAGCGGUUUAACUGAAGUAUUUUAGUUUGUAGAGUUAAACUCCUGAAGUUAGAUUAACAGAGAGUCUUUAACGGAAAAUAAAGGAUCAUAAAGACUCGGCUAACUCUUUAAAAACGGACCAAUCAUACAGAUGUUAGUCCGGAUGUGUCUCUGCGGUGAAAUUGGGAUAAAAAUCCAGAUUUCAAGAUUAAAAACUUCAUAUAUAAAAACUUUUCACACAUUUAUAUAAUGUUAAAAACACAGACGAGCCGGCUCCUUAACUUUAUGUACACCAGACCUCUGAAAACUUCUACAUCUGAGUUAAAGGAAGAAAAAAUGAGACAAAUUCAAGGUUCAAAUCGGAAAUAAGUCACAUUUAAGGUUUGAAUAUUUUACAUUUGAUACAAAUGAGAAGUCAUAAAGAAGUUAAUCAAGGUUCUUGUUUCUCACUGAGUCUCAUCAGGAUCCAGUAGACCAGGUUCUGGGGUCUGACAGAGUCUUUGAUUGAGGAUUUCAGCUGCUCAACAGUUCAGGGUCUCCUUGGUCCUGUUUUUGGGGUCACGAUGGUCCAAAUGUUUUUAAUGGGGGACAAGUCAGGACCGCAUCAGUCCAGGACUCUUCUCCUACAGAGCCACGCUGUUGUCAGAAUCUUCGGACCUGUUUGGUUUUUCCUGUCUGAACUUUAUGGCAUCAAGUUUGAAACAGUUAAAUGAAUCAAAAACCAUCUUUCACUCUUUUAGAUGUAAAUAAAGUCUUGACAUGAUUCGCUAACCUUAUUUAUUGUGGUCGUUUGUUUCAGACAGUUUGCCCUAAAAGGGCUGGGUGAUAAAACAAUAAUAUUGAAAAUUAAUUUCCCUCAAUAUCGAUAUAAAACAUUAUCAAUAUGCUUUUUGAUAGUCGUCAUUCUGACAUGCUUUGGUAAAUUAUACGAACAGCCAAUGAAAAGGGGAGUUGGUCCUGGUCUGAACCAAUCAUGUUCUGAAUUAGAACCAAGUAUCAACCAACUGCAGCGUCGUAGCAGACAGCAGCUCCACCCAACCAUAGCACUUUAACAGGUGAAGCUGACAGCACUGUUGGUGAGAAACAAAGAAAAUGAGUGCUACCCCCGACAGAAAUGACCAUGAAGGCUCAACAGAUGACCACAUCAAUGUCAACCACAACACUGGCGUUAGGAAAACGUCGGUGGUGUGGAGGUAUUUUGGUUUUUGGAGGUCGGACAUGAAGCAGAGUAAUGUGGACUGUAAAUUAUGUCGAGUACAUGUUCUCACAAAGUCGGGGGACCAGACGACCAUUCAGUCGGCUUUCUCUAGAGCAGCGCCUUACGACAAAACGCCAAAGAGACACAAAGACCUCACAGAUGCAGGAGAUUAUUGUGUUGGAAAAGAAAUGAGACAAAAAAAAGCCGUUACAUUUCAUUUUUAAUACCCUGAUAUUGAUUGAUAUCAGCUGAUAGGAUAAUAAUAUAUCGUGAUAAACUUUUUCCCAUAAUGCCCAGCCCUACUCUAAACAAACGAAAACAGACUGGAGUUCAGUGAUUUGUACUUUCUUAACUUGCAUUGAUACUUUUCCAGGCAUGUUUGGACAAAAUAAGAUUUUGGAAAAUGAGGACCUGGUUCCUGAUAGUUCCACCAGAUCAAACCCAGAACUGAGGUCUUCUUGGUCAUCCCCUGGUUGGCUUCAUGAGCGUUUUAGAGUGAUCCCGGGUUGUUUUUCCUCCCUCAGGUCAGGACAGUAUCCUGGAGCCGCUGUGUUUCCCUGAACAGCCAGCAGAGGGCGGUGGAUCUCCCAGUCUGCAGAGAUCCAGCUCAGAGCUGCUGGUGUGUCUGUUCUGCCCGGAGUCGGUCCUCCUGCAGCAAAAGGACAGUCUCCUCAAACACCUGCUGCUGGAGCACAAACUGGUCAUCGCCGAUGUCAAGCUCAUCGCAGAUCUGCCAAAGUACGAACCCUCGUUUUAUUUUCUUUUUACAUGUCUGAGAGUUUUAAAGAAAUCGAGUGAACGUCUGUCCUUCUGUCCUUCUGUCCUUCUGUCCUUCUGUCCUUCCUCAGCUACUUGUUGUACUGGAGAGGCAGAUUCCUGGAACAGCCGAUCACAGAUUUCUGCAGCGUGAUAAAGACGAACUCCACCGGCCCAGUCGGUGAGAAGAUCAUCAAUCAUAAGUGAGUUUAUAAAACUAUCGAUCCUUCUGUAACCUGCUGUCCUGGUGUUCUCACAGAGAAGCAGGAGGACUACUUCCUUCUGUGUGACGUCCUUCCAGAAGACCGAAUCCUCCGAGAGAGGCUGCAGCAGAAACGGCUGGUGAGGACGAACUCUCCGUCUAAAAUCCUGAUUAUAUGUCAGUCUGGGUUUCAGGUUCAGGUUUUCUCUGAUGGUUCCGGUCCGUUGCAGGAGGAGGUUUUGGAGCAGCAGCAGAAGGAGAGAGACGACAGCAGCUUCCAUCGACUCUGCAUGUUCUGCAACGAGGACUUCAGUGGAAACAGGUGACUCACACACAGCAGGGAACCAUGUCCAUGAAGGGUCAGGCUAGUUCAGGUCCAGGUUUAAGCGUGGUCUUGUUUCCAGGUCGUCUCUGCUGAACCACAUGGCUCGAGAACAUUCCUUCAGCAUCGGUCUGCCGGACAACAUCGUCUACUGCAACGAGUUUCUGGACACUCUGCAGAACAAGCUGGAUCGGUGAGACCCGACAGAGACCGGACUGACUCUCAGCUCAUGUGGGUCUGGUCUGUGAAACUUUAACCCUUUAUUCUCCUGCCAGUCUGCAGUGUCUGUACUGUGAGAAGACCUUCAGGGAUAAAACCACGCUGAAGGACCACAUGAGGAAGAAAGCUCACCGCCGCAUCAACGCCAACAACCGAGAAUACGACCGCUUCUACGUCAUCAACUACCUGGUAAGACCUCGGCACACGGAUACAGAGAACCGGUCCUUCCUGUUUUUCUGUUCGUCUUCUUCUCAGGGUGUCGGACUUGGUUUUCAGUUGUUAAUGUCCCAGAUUUCCUCUCUGCUAACUCAUCAGCGUCUGUUUGGAGGGAGGCUGUAGAGAUGAUAUAGUCUAGAUUUAAACAGGGGUUUCCUAGAUUGGACACGGUCAUCUCUCCAGAAUCGAAUGUGGACGUCAAGCUGUUUCUUUUGUCGACUUGUUGAGCGACUCAUCAAACUUAAAGACGAGCUGCCCAGCCUUGUUGAGUGUGUUGAUGAGCUCCUGCUUUCAGUUUGGUGCUACGCUGAAUCGUAUAAUGUCACCAGAUUUGUCCUGCCACAAAGAAAAAUCUUGGCUAUGUCUGAAUCGAAAAACACGGUCCUGGAAACGUCGGCGGAGUUUUCGUUACUAUUCAGCGAGUCGUGUUUCUCAACACCUUCGCAUGCAGCGUUGCCGUGCCGCCCAGCGCCACCCUGAUGUCGGCAGAAAAUGAGGAGGUAGAGUGAGUCGAGGCCGUUAGGUUCAGGUGCGGCUGCUGGUGGUAGUGUGACGGCACUAGGUUGUGGUGGCGCACAGAGAGCAGCAGUGCCUUAAUUCCCAUCGACACGAUGUUGAUCCUCUUCUUGCACAUUCUUCAACACGCCUCCUCGGUAUUCCCCUCCACUGGCCACACCCAUUCUGUAAAGUCCGGCAUGUCAAGCCAGGACUCCGCAAACUUUUACUUUCCCAUGACCGCUCACUGAGCCUUCUCUCCAGAGAGCGUCAUGUGACAUAGGUGAGUUCGUCAUUUGCACUGGGAGCGCUCUCGGAGACAGUUUACGAACACACCCACAGGAGCGUAGUUUCUUUAUGUACCUGUUCAUCUUAGCCUACAUUCACACUUUGUUUUUUAAGGAAAAGAAUAAAUGUUUAGACGUUUACGAUGUUUUUAGGACCCAAACUCUUGGACAGCGAAUUCAGAAAAAAAUACCUUCAAAAUUUAAGACUUAGAGAAGUCGUGAGAAGACGAUUUUAAUACUUUGUAAGUCACCGCAGAUACCCUGAGUGUGAUGUCCUCUGUCCUGACAGGAGCUGGGGAAAACCUGGGAGGAGGUCCAGAGUGAGGACGACAGGGAGCUGGUGGAGGACGAGGACGAGUGAGUAACUUUGUCAGGACAGAGUAAACGAGCCCAGAGCAACAUCCGUUUAUCAGUGCUCGUCUGGCAGGAUCUCAUCCUGGUCUCUGUGUCGUCUGCAGCGAUUGGUCGGACUGGCAGGCUCAUCCCGUCUCUGCCGUGUGUUUGUUCUGCGAUCAUCAGUCAGAGACGAUGGACCAGAUCUACACUCACCUGAAGGUACAGCACCUGAAGGAACAGGGUUAGACCUGGACAUGGAGGCUCUCCGCCCGGGUUCACGGUUCUGUCUGUUUUUGUGUUUCAGGACGGUCACGGGUUCGAUCUCCAUAAACUGAGGACGGAGCUCAGUGAGUGACGGCCUCAGGAUUCCCUCCUUUCUGAUUGGUUGUGACUCGGUCAGCUGAUAUUGUUGAUAUUUGUCCUUAUUUUCAGAUCUGAGGUUCUACCAGCAGGUCAAACUCGUCAACUUCAUCCGGCGUCAGAUCCACCAGAGUCGCUGUUACGGCUGUCAGGAGAAGUUCGACUCCAGAGACGACGUUCUGCGUCACAUCGUGGCUGAAGGUCACGUGAUGGCGCUGCCAGAAAUGUCCACCUGGAACCAACCGCAGUGAGUCCAGGGACCAAUUAUCGUCCUUCAUCUGACAAAUCCUCCGAGUAACGACCUCGAUCUCUCCUCAGGUAUUACUUCCCCACGUACGAGAACGACGCCCUCCUGUGCACGCUGUCUGACAGCGACGAAGGCGAAAAUGACGACACGAACCACGGCGAGGACGUCCCUGUCAUCGCGGAGGACAUCUCGAACCUCAGAGCGCUGAGACAGACGAGCGUCCUCAACCAGCUGCUGAAGAACCGAAGCUCCAGCAGCUGAGAGAGGAGACAGACUUUAGAUCCUCUGAACCAGAUGAGGCGAGAACUCUGAAAACCAGGAACCUGAGAGCACUUAAACCAGGCGAGCCGCACAAACAUGAACUUUAGAGCAGCUGAGAGCAGAGACAGCUGCAGCGAACGUGUCCGUCAGACGGUUUAUCACCGGUCAGGGAAUAAAGAUUCACCACAAACUUUUGUUUCUAGAGUAUAAAGUUUGUUUCUUUGACCAAAAAUGUUUCUUUAUUUUAUCCUGUUAAAGUAACAAACUCCGACGGUAACACUUCAAACUAACGACACAAAACAAAAGUUUGAUUUCUGAAAAAGUAAAUCUGGUGUUUUUUAUUUAACUGGGUCCAAAUACAGGGCUUGACAUGAACUCUUUUCACAUGUUCUCACAAGUUGAACAAGAAGCAGACAAACAACUUUAGGGGCACAAUGAAAAUUGAUCAAAUAAAACACCUGCCAACACUUUAA